UCUGGAGACCAAGAGCAAUACGUUGGAGGUCAAGAUCACGAAACCCUAGCCACCGAGGAGCGAGCCCACGAGAGCGACGACCAGGCGACCCAACACAACCGAUCGUGGCGGCUUCGGCAAGGACCGCGGCGGUUGAGCGCCUUGGAUGGCCGGAAGAGCAGCCUCACUCUCACCACCGAUCGCCGCCACCACCUGUGGGGGUAGGCAAGCCGUGAGUAAGGGAGGCACAACCACAGAGCCGCCGCCGGCCUGCACGACGACGACUCCGAUGGAUUCUGCAGUCCUCCAGUUCAGGCUAGACUACGAGCAAGUCAAGCGCCUUAGCGUCGACGAUGUCGUCUGCUCUGAGGCCGUCUCCGUCGGCCAACACCUGUGGAGGAUCGACUGUUACCCGCGGGGACCAGAAAAGUACUCCGACAAGGACAAUGGAAAUUAUGUUUCCCUGUACCUUAGGCACAUGAGCAGCUCCAGAAGCGUACAUGCAAUCUUCGACGCCUUCUUGAUGGACAUAAAUGACGACCCAUCAGAAGCACGAAAGACGACUCGACUUCAUAAGUUCGAAAUCAAGGGCGACCCUUUAAAGCGUGACGACUGGGGAUAUCAUCGGUUCGUGGCCAGAACGGUCCUCGAGGAAAACUAUGUUAUUGAUGGGCACAUCACGUUUGUAUGCACCAUCAUCGUCAUGCGUGAUACACCUGUCACCGUGCCGCCUUCCGACAUCGGGAACCAACUCGGCUGCUUACUGGAUCAGCCACAUGGGACGGACGUGUCGUUUACCGUUGACGGCGAGACAUUCCCGGCGAACCGAGCGAUUCUUGCAGCCCGCUCGCCCGUCUUCAAGGCAGAGCUUUUUGGGUCCAUGGCCGAAGCUGCAAUGUCAUCCAUCACGCUGCAUGAUAUCACACCCGCUACAUUCAAACAUAUGCUUCGGUUCAUAUACACGGAUGAGUUUCCUACUACUACACAGGAUAACCCAUCCAAUGACGUAUUGUUUGAUUUAUUACUUGCCGCUGCAGAUCGGUACGCACUAGACCGGCUAAAGCUUAUGUGUGUCCAAAAGUUAUGGGAUAAUGUGUCGAUGGAUACAGUUACAGAUAUUCAAGCUUGCGCUGAGAUGUACAAUUGCCCAGAGUUGAAGGACAAGUGCAUUGACUUUAUUAUGCGCAAAAAAAAAGUGCAUUGACUUUAUUGCUAGAAAGAAAGGAUCCAAGAAGCAGCUGGAGGAGUCUUCAUCGGGCUAGCUAGGGCACAAACUUCAUGGAUUAUUAUAUAUAGUUGGUGAGUUUAGACUUUAGAGAGAGUGUUGGAACAUAUAUACUGGAGUAUUUUACAUUGGUGCAUAUUCAUCUGGGAUUCUAUUUGUGCUUUGACAAGAAUUAGGGUUUUCUUGUGUUUAACAAUUA